AAUCUGAAAAUGGCGUUUAUGGGCUUCCUUACCUUUGUAAAAGCAAGUAACACAAUUUUAUUGAUAACAGGAGCAUUAUCGUUGCCUUUGUAUUUUUCAUACUUUGGUACUGAAGCAGCAGUGAGAUUUUCUUUGCUUUUGUGUGUACAUUCUGCCAUACUCGCCGCAAUACCGGAUGUUGUAAAAGCUGCAAUACCUAUGCUACAGUUGCUGUCAUUUGCUGUUCUCCUUUUCCUCCCUUUCAACACAGCCCCAACCAUUGUGGUCUGGUGCUAUCUGAAGCUUCUUCAGUGUUCAGAAUUUGCACUUUUGUUUGUUGAGGCAAUACAAGUUGUUUUAGUGGUGAUGUACAUCAGUCAAUCUUUUGUGAAUGAGAUUGAAGACCAACCAGUUAUAGUUAAGACUUCCAUUUUAGCAAUCUCAGGAGUUGCAUACAUUUUGUCAAUAUAUCUCAGCUAUCAUUUGUUCACAGAUAUUCACUCAACACACACAGAAACUUGGUGUGCAGGAGUUGCAGUCAUUUUAACAAUUUUGGUGUUAUUUAUUUGCUUGUAUAAGGAAGAAGGUAUCAUAUCUGAUGCAGCUGUUGUUAGCCUUGUGAUGAUUUUUAUUGUUUGGGUUAUGAAACAGGAAAGAUUGAUGCAAGAAAAUUCCUUAGAUGUGCUCGCCGAUAACCGUUCAUUCCUCAAGGUGUUCUUAUCGAUGGCGAAAGUAAGCAUAGCGCAUGCGACGCGUGUUAAAAGAAUAUUUUCGAUGUUCAUCUCACCCACGUGUCUUCUGCUUGCUUUGAUGAGGAUUGCAAGUGUUGUUGGGUUCGUGACUUUGACUCCGACUUUCUUUUACCAGAAAGAGGAUGAUGAAUACAGUACAUUACAGGAAGUGGAUCUCCAGCCCCACAGAAAAGGUCUCAGACCUCUUUACCUUCGCCUGAUCAUUAUUUUUGUGUACACACAAGUUGUCGUUCGCACCAUCGCCUCUACAACAACAGACCGUCAAUACCUUAGCCAAGUUACUUCUUUUACUGACAUGUUACCUGGCAACAGAGUGUGGCGGAUCAUGCAAUUGCUAUUAGUCACAACAACCUACAUUUAUCAGAUGUUCAAGGAUGAAUACCAAUGAAAAAAACUCAAGGGAAGGUUACUUCACUUUAAGACACCAAACAUUUAAGAUGUAUAUCUUCUUAAUGAGAACGAAAAGAUGGGUAUUAAAUGACAAGGGAAAGUAAAUGACGGCGCACAAAUCCGUGGGGCCCUGGAUUGACGCAAGGCAUCAUGUGGUAACUGGUAACGUGGCGUAAUGAAGUCAUUCAGUGCGUUGGUAUUGAUUAUAGGUGAUAACCAUCAUGAGCACGAUCCUAACAAGGAUGUAGUUUGACUUUACUUUUUAAGGCGGACUCACCAACAAUAUUAGAACGCAACAUCGCACUGUUAUGUUGCAGUUUUGCUCCAAUAAGAAAGGGACAUUUAAACCGUGUUACAGGAAAGAAUUUGAUGUGGAAAUGAGAAUAGAUAUGUUGCAAUAUGUUUCUGUUGAUGGUUUAGUCUUUACAUCUAGAUUAAAUACUGAGGAAAAGAA